AUGGAAUAUAGAAAUGGAGUUGAGAGUUUCUUACAUUUUGCAUUUGCUAAUGCAAACAUAAAUGGAAUGAUUUUAUGUCCUUGUACACGGUGUAAAAUUGGUAUAUUUGUUUCAAGAGAAAUUGCCUAUGAUCAUUUGACGGUCGAUGGUUUUAUCAAAGGUUAUACUCACUGGAUAGCUCAUGGAGAGAUAGCAUGUAGUGCAUCUAUAAACUCUACUUUUGUUCCAUCACAAAAGGAUGCAGAUGAUAUGCAUGGUUUAGUUUAUGAGAUAUUUGGGAUGCCAGAGCAUAAUGAUAAUAUACUUAGCACACCAGAAUUUGAAAAUGAUAAGGAGAUUCCAAUUGAAGAGGCUGAGAAAUUCUAUAAAUUAAUUGAUGAUUCACAAAAAGAAUUAUAUCCAGGUUGCAAGAAAUUCUCAAAACUUGCAUUUAUUAUUCGUUUGCUUCACUUAAAGUGUCUUGGUAAAAUUACGAAUAAGAUUUUUGAUAUGCUUUUAGAUUUGUUGAGAGAAGCAUUUCCUAAUGCAAUGAAUGAUUUGCCUAAGUCAUACUAUGAAGCAGAGAAAUUGAUGAAGCAAUUAGGACUUGGUUAUGAAAAGAUUGAUGCUUGCCCUAAUGAUUGCACUUUGUUUUGGAGGUUGGAUAAAGAAAGAAUUCAAUGUAAAACAUGUAAUGAGCUCAGAUGGGAAACAUCUGAAAAUGAUCCUACUGGUGAGAAGAGAAAAAUCUCACGUAAGGUUUUAUGGUAUUUUCCAAUAAAGCCUAGAUUACAACAUUUGUUCAUGUCAUCCAAAACAGCAUCCCAUAUGAGAUGGCAUUCUGAAUCCCGCACAAAGGAUGGUUACAUGCGGUAUCCAGCUGACUCCCCAGCUUGGCAAACAUUUGACCAUAAGCACCCAGAAUUUGCAAAGGAUCCUAGAAAUAUAAGGCUUGGUUUAGCAUCAGAUGGAUUUAAUCCAUUCAAAAAUAUGAGUACAACACAUAGUACGUGGCCGGUUAUUUUAAUGCCAUAUAAUCUUCCACCAUGGAUGUGUAUGAAGCAACAAUACUUUAUGUUGUCGCUAUUGAUACCUGGCCCAACUGCUCCAGUAAAUAAUAUAGACAUCUACUUGCAACCACUUAUUGCAUAUUUGAAAGACUUAUGGGAGAUAGGAGUUCAAACAUAUGAUGCAUCAACUAAACAAAAUUUUCAAUUACAUGCAGCAUUACUAUGGACAAUAAGUGAUUUCCCUGGAUAUGCCAUCUUAUCAGGAUGGAGUACUAAAGGACAACUUGCAUGCCCAGUGUGUCACAAGUUUACACAUUCACAAUGGUUAAAAAAUGGUGGAAAAUAUUUCUAUAUGGGUCAUCGUAAGUUUUUAAAUAGUGAUCAUGCAUUUCAGAAAAAUGCUCAAUUUUUUGAUGGCACAAAAGAAUAUGGAAAACCACCACCCAAACUAUCAGGAAGCAUGGUGAUAAAUGAGUUGAAAAUUUCUAAAUUUACAUUUGGGAAAACAAUUAAUGAUAAUUCAGCACUACCAUUCAAUUGGAAAAAAUUCAGUAUUUUCUUUGAUUUACCGUAUUGGAAAGAUAAUGUGAUACGUCACAAUCUUGACUUUAUGCAUAUUGAAAAGAAUGUAUGUGAAUCUAUUUGUGGGACAUUGUUGAAUAUGGAAGGAAAAAUGAAAGAUAAUCUUAAAGCACGACUUGAUUUACAAGAAAUGGGGAUAAGAUCAUCACUUCAUCCUAUUGAGAAAGGACAAAAGAAAGUUUAUUUACCUCCAGCAUCUUUUUCAAUGGGAAAAAAAGAGAAGGGUAUAUUUUGCAAGGUCUUAAAAAAAAUUAAAGUUCCAGAUGGCUAUGCAUCCAACAUAUCACGAUGUGUUCAAAUGAAACCGCCAAAAUUAGUUGGUCUAAAAAGUCAUGAUAAUCACAUUUUGAUGCAACAAUUGUUGCCAGUCGCACUAUGA